CACCGAGAUGGCCUUAGGAAUAGAGUCCCGUCAAGCUAUUUCCCAACUUUGGUUUGCCUUCGAAAUUUUGGUUAAAAAAUUCUCCGCUUUCGGCCAUGAAGUAUCUGAAUUGGUUGCUGUCGCUGUGUUGCACCCUUCUGCGGUUUGUCUGCAAGUGGUUGGACCCCGGCUGCAUGGCACUGGCCACGCUGAAUAUGCUCUUUCUGGUCGUCUGGCUGGACUAUCAUUUCCGGCUGUAUGGCUGCGAUUUGCUGUACUGGCGCGACGAGCUAACCCACUGCCCCGCCGAGUACUUGCUCAUGUGGAUCCUGGUGACUGCCUCCAUCCAUGUGCUGGGCUAUGUCGUGGAUGUUGCUGUCUGCAGGGCCCUGCUGCGUCACAACAAGCCGCAGAUCCACUACGAGGAGCGCUAUCGUCGCUUCGUGCUGCUACGCCUCGUGCAGCAGCUGGAGCACGCUCUCGUCGUGCGCUCGCUCUCUGCCAAUGGCAGUCAGUUGCUGCUCAAGAACAUGUACGAGGCCAAAAGACUGAUCAAUGAGGCAGUCAACGUGUUUCGCAGCUCCGUGAAGGUGCUGCUGUGGCCCAACAGAACGGACUUGCAUGAGGAUCCGCUGGUGCUGUACCACAUCAACGAGGAAGAGCUGCAGGAGCUCAAUGCCUGCGGCUACAGUCUGGGCGAUGUAACUGCACAGGAUGUGGAAAAUGAGAACCUAAACCUUUUGCUAAAUCCCUUUUCGUAUUAA